AUGCUGCUUCUGCAAAUUCCAUUGCUAGCUGUUCUCCUCGCAAGUGGUGACAAUGAAGAUGCCACAGCCUUCCAGGAGGAGAUCUCCUUCAAAAUUAUCCAAAGCAUAUCCUUCUACAAUGAUUCCUGGGUGAAAAGUCAGAACUCAGCUUGGUUGGGUGACUUGCAGACUCAUGGCUGGGACACCAACUCUGGCAGUUUUAUUUCCCUGCAUCCUUGGUCCAAGGGCAACUUGAGCAAGGAAGAGAUAAAAGAACUGGAAGAAUACUUCCAUAAGUUCUCCAUUGGAAUGCCGAACAAAUUUCACAGACAUGCCAGUCAAUGGCAGCUUAAAUAUCCCUUUGAAAUUCAGAUAACAAGGGGCUGUGAACUGCACCCUGGGGGACCCACAGUAGCCUUCUAUCGAUACGCUUAUCAAGGAUCAGAGGUCAUGCACUUCCAGAACAAUUCAUGGUUUCCAUCUCCAAAGGGUGGAACAAGAGCUCAGGAUAUGUGCGAAGUAUUCAAUCAGCCCGUGGUCGUCACGAAUAGAGUACAGAGGAUUCUCAGUGACACCUGCCCACGUUUCCUCUCCAGUAUUCUUGAUGCAGGGAAGGCAGAUCUCCAGAGACAAG